AUGACCGCUUCUUCUUCUUCUGCUACCGCCUCCGGUCCGACCCAGUCAAGACGCCCUGGACCAUCAUCGACCGCCACCACUUUGAACAACAUUGUGCCUGCAUCGCCAGCAGCGGCAGCAAGGACCGCCACUUCGCCAUCCCGAGCUCACACAAAGGAGUACAGUACCGAGCUGUACGAUCAGAACGGACGGCACGACCACCCCUCAUCUCGCUAUGCUUCCCCUUCCAAACCGAGCAAACUUGGCAGCAGCAACCCGAACAAGCCCUCGACUUCUGCAUCGACUCCGCCGCCGUCGCGACGCAAAUCCAACAUGAACGUCGACAAGGCCGAAAAGCGUAGGAGCAGCCGUGCCUGCCUCGAGUGCAGGCUCGCAAAGACCAAAUGCCGCGUCACCGAUAGCCAGGAUGUGUGCGAUCGCUGUGCCAAGUUCUCGUUCGAGUGCCGGUUUGUGCGGCACCAUCGAGGACGGAAGCCGGUUUCGAAGCUGGCCUCUAUGGAUGCGGAUGACGUGGAUCUGGGUGUAGGAUCGUCCAGGUUCGGUGCAUCCGAUGAUGAUAUGGCGACGGAUCAUGACAGCGAUUCGGCCAACGAGGAUAGCAUUGUCAAAGUGGAUGCAGGUGCAGCCAAUGACGAUGAUGACUAUGCUGCCGAGAGAUCGGACGCCGCACGUGUGCUGUCACGAGAUCACGAUGCCAACGCUGUCGCUGGAGAAUCGAAUCAGAGGAAAGGUAGAGAGUCUAUCGCCGUGAGACCUGGUGGAAGUCGUUCAAGCAGCAAAGCCAGACUGCAAAGGGCUGCGAACAGUCUCCACGAACUCGACACAAACGCUCGUCGAAGGAUCUGGGAGAUGCUUGCGCAAAAGAUUCCGCAGCGCGGCUCAACGUACACCUUUGUCAGCAAGGGCGAGGUAGCUCACGACAACCUGCAAGCCUCCACGUCCAAAUCGAGCAGCGGCAAGGCAAGCUCUUCCGGUAGCAAGAGAGCGUUGUCGCCCCGCGCAUUCUCUCCCACAGACGGCAAAGAUGGAGACGCAGAUCGACAGGGCAGGGUCAAAGCGGAAGACGCGUCCGCACACGCCUCCGCGGCUGCCAACGCUUCAUCGCAGACAGCCUCUGCUCCAUCGCAGCACUUCGCAUCCACGUUCCGCAACCUCCUACGCCCUGUCGACAAGCGAGCAGGAGCCACAACCGCAGCCGAAGAAGCGGCUUCCGCCGUCACCGCCCGCUAUCCACGCUUACCGGAGACACUCAACCUCUUCGGAUCCAAGGAUCCCGUCGAUGUCGGCAUCCUGUCCAUGGCGGCUGCGCAUCGGCUCUACGCGUACUACUUUGAGCAUCUCAAUCCGUGGGGGAUGAACUUUGACCCGUGCUUUGUUUCGCACGAUGCGGUACGCGUCUCCUCGUCGUUCCUCUACUCGACGAUACUCUAUCUGGCAUCGAGGUAUAUCGAGCUGGCGGAGGUCGACGAGACGAGUGCGGAAGCAUCUGCGUUUUACGGAGCGACGUUUGCGAGACCGCGUCCCGAUGACGAUAGGGUGACGGCGACGAUUUCGGCUCGACUUGGAAGUCAUGUACGCAGUCUGGCGAUCACGGCGUUUGCGAUGGGCGAUCGGAGGAUGGAGACGGGCGUAGCUAUGUACCUCUCGUCGGUGUGGAAGGAGGCGGAUGAUCAUUUCACGAUCUUGUACUGCAGCUACGCCGCCAAGAUUAUGAGCGAUAUCCCGACCGAACUCCUCUCACUCCUGCCUUCUUCCAGCUCCGGCUCCGCAUCCCGUUCCAAAUCCACCGCCAAACCCAACGACGACGUCACUUCCGCUGCCACCCUCCAGCAACAGAGACUACGACGAAAUCAGCAGCGUCAGUUCCUCUUCCACUUCAUCCAAGAACACACGCAUCUGCUUCACUUUGCACCUCGACCCAACUUCGACCGCGGACCGAGCCUGCUGCGGAACCUGCUGGCCUGGGCCGACGACGCGCUGGCUACCGAGGACGACAUCCUGCUGUGUGCGGAUAUCGACUCGGUCCUGCUGCAGACCAAGUACAAGUCGAUCAUGGAGCGCGCGCAGACGCAAGAGAAGGACACGCUGUACGGCGGCAGCGAGUGCUUCUUGUUGUUGCAGAGCUUUAUGGAUGAACUGGAGGGGUGGACGAGUAGGUGGGAGUUGCAGGCGAGGAAGAUUGAUCAGAGGUUCAGACGCGACGCAUCCGAAGAGAGACAGACGAGGGGUGCAGAGGAGGAAGAGAAUGUUGCGAAGACAGAGAAGGAAGACUUUGCAGGUCACCUUCCGCUGGAUGCAAGGAUGCAUCUGUUGAAGGUGAUGCGCAGCAGUCUGGUGAUGCAGAUCUCGAGUAUCGCAUUCCGUGCAUCGUUGAGGGAUAUCAACAAGGUCAAACCGAGCGCGGCAUCGGGCAAGUCGAGCAGCGCUGGUGGUGGUGGAGCUUCUUCCUCCGCCUUUUCACCGUCCGCUUUAUCCGCGAUGGACGACCGUGCCGAGCAGAUCUACUACACCUGCCUCGAUUCGGCGCUCAACCUGCUGGUGCACACCAUGCAGAUGCCACCAUCGAUCCUACGACACGCUCAGGACAUGAUCAUGGUCCUCGCCCCGCACGCCGCGCUGCUCGCCACGUACCUCAUCUCGCUGCCGUUGCCAUCGGUACCGCCGGCCUUUGCUUCCAGCGCAGCAGCGGCGGAGUCGAGGCUCAGCUACGAAUACGCCAAGGUCAAAACUCGGAUUCGGAGGAGGAAGGAGUACGAGCGCAAGUGUCUGGAGUUGAUGAGGGACACGAGGGAGAGUUUCAGGGUGGCGCAGGUGAGGGGGGAUGAUCAUGUGGGGUUGUGUGCGCAGUACUUUGAUUCGCUGCUGAAUGUGAUUGAGGGGGAGAGUCAGGAGGGAGAGAGAGGGGGCUCGAGGGUGGGGCGGUCGGCGAUGGGUGGUUCGAAUGUGGUGGCGGGGACGAAGAGGUCGAGGAGUAUGCUGGAUCAAUCGGCGGGGAUGGGCGAGGAGGAGGAGACGGGGUCAAGAGGUGUGGUGCAGGAUGGAGUCGGCGAUGCUGGUGUGGAGAGGGCCAGUUCUACCGGCCCUGCAUCAUCACGAGCACUCCAAUCCCAACUCAACUCAUCCUCCUCUCACGCACCCCAUCAACACACUUCUCACCACCACCACCCGCAUCGACCGCACCACGUCGGAAACUCCACCAUGGACACAUCCGCCGCGGAAACGCUGCUGAAUCUACACAGCACCGCCGACGGUUCCGCAGAGCCCGACCCCCCGAACGGCGAGACGACCUCGCCCGUCGCCAGCGGCAAACUCUUCAACGGAGCGACGAGCUACUACGGCACGCAUCCUCUGUCUCGCGUUGCAGGAGGAGGAGGAGGGUGGGAAUGUGCUACCGGCAGCAGCGGCGGGAGGAGGUACGGCAACGCCGACGGGGGCAACGGGUACAUCGACGCCGGUGGAUUGGACUUGGUUGCAGAGCUUUUUGGAGGUUCCCGAGUUCAGCUGGAUGUAGAGCAGCGCUGGGAGGCGAGCGAGCCAGCGGUCGAGCAGACAGCAAGCUCAGAGAGCUUCCGUGUCGAGCGAAAAUCGCAUCAUGACGAGGAAUUCCAGAUAGAUAUCAAUGCUAAAGCAACAGACUCGUCGGCCUUUUCGACAAGCCAGCUGUAG